AUGUGUAUGAGACAGGACUGUCAAUUUAAGACCCUCUUCGCGGUUUUGGUUCUCGUUGCCGCCGUGACCAAAAUCCAUGGCCAAGGUCCACGGGAAAUUAAUGGCAUCAGUAAGAGGACACUGGAUCCAGACAGGGAUCUCUUCACACACCCUUCAACACAGGACACAGAGAGUGAAGUCCACUUGGUCACCACCGCCUCGCCGAUGAACAGCCCCAACCACCGUCCUGUCCUAAAGGGCCUGCUACUUCACGAGCACCUACUUACAAGAGACUUCGAGGGGGACCAGCACUUUUUCAGAAGGGAUGGCUCUGUGGCUGCAUAUCCCACCAUGCCAGGCUCUGUGGCUCGUCCAGAUGUUGGAGACCCUGUCACUCAGCUGGUGCCCCACGAGGAUGCCCCAGCUUUCUCAGACAUUGCCACUACUGCCACUGCAGCUGCCACCUCCCCACUGACCACAUUCUUUCCCACAACACCAAGGCCCUCCACGUUUUUCCCCCAAAAGAGGCCCUCUAAGGACAAGACCAGUGGGUCAGACAAGGUUGAGCCAACCACAGACUCCCUCACAACUCAAGUAACACCAAAUAAUAGAGGGUCAGUCACUGAAAACAACCCAGCAGCUUCCUCAUCCUUGCAGAGAAGUCAGCCUCGGAGUUGGAGUGCUUUUCCUGUAGAGGCCACCCUUGCACCUUCCUCAAUCAGGAUGGAAAAAGGAGAAGCAAGAGAAACAACACUGAAAAACAAAACCAGCCUUGAUCAUCCUCUCCCCAAUCUAACUUCAGUGUCUCGAGUAGAAGGUACUACUACAAUGUCGACAACUGUUAUCACAACUACCACCAUCACUACCUUGCACACAUCAGAGCCAUGCAGUCUGAAUUUCACUGACCCUGAGGGUAACAUCGAAGUCCUUCAACAACCUGGCUCUGGAGUGGAGUGCAACUACUUGAUUACUGUCUACCUGGGAUAUGGCAUUGAGGUUCAGGUGCUAAAUGUGAGUGUGUUGGAGGGAGAACAGGUGACAGUAGAGGAUACGGGUGGCCGAGAAUCCUUCAUCCUUGCCAAUGAGUCAGUCUUGAUGCAGGGCCUUGUACUACGCAGCUGGAGCAACCAGAUCUCCAUCCGUUUUCGUAGUGACCAACAGCACAACUCUGGAUUCCUCCUGCUACAUUACCAAGCCUUUGUGCUGAGCUGUGCGUUCCCCAAAGAGCCUGCCGGUGGAGAGGUUUCCGUUACGCAUCUGCACGCUGGCGGAGAAGCCUUUUUCCAAUGUUUCACUGGCUACAGGUUGCAGGGUCCCAAAAUGCUAACCUGUCGCAAUGCAACCACACCUUACUGGAGUGGAAAGGAGCCUCGAUGUGUGGCAUCCUGUGGGGGAAUGAUAAAAAAUGCCACCUAUGGCCGGAUCAUCUCUCCCGGAUUUCCUGGCAACUACAGCAACAAUCUGACAUGCCACUGGGUCCUGGAGGCGCCUGAAGGCCAUCGGCUUCACAUUCACUUUGAGAAGGUUGCUCUGGCAGAGGAUGAUGACAGGCUACUGAUUAAGAACGGCAACAACAUAGACUCUCCCCCUGUGUACGACUCCUACGAGGUGGAGUAUUUGCCCAAUGAGGGUGUGCUCAGCACUGGUCGUUACCUGUUUGUAGAGUUCACUACAGAUGGGACAAUGACCUCCACUGGCGCAGCCAUUAGAUAUGAAGCUUUUGCAAAAGGGAUGUGCUAUGAGCCAUUUGUGAAGUACGGCAACUUCAGCAGCAGUGACUCCACCUACAAUGUGGGUGCAGUAGUUGAAUUCUCAUGUGACCCGGGCUACACUCUGGAGCAAGGCUCCGUAGUGAUUGAGUGUGUGGACGCACAAAACCCACAGUGGAAUGAGACAGAGCCAGCGUGUAGGGCUGUGUGCAGUGGGGAGAUCACAGACUCUGCCGGUGUUGUGUUGUCUCCUAAUUGGCCUGAGGCCUACGACAAGGGGCAGGACUGCAUCUGGGGCAUCCAUGUGGAAGAGGACAAGAGGAUCAUGCUUGAUAUCCAAGUACUCCAUGUGGGUAAAAACGACCUCCUGACAUUUUACGAUGGUGAUGACCUGACAGCCAACAUCUUGGGCCAAUACAGCGGCACACGGUCACACUUCAAGCUCUAUACAUCCAUGGCUGAUGUCACCAUUCAGUUUCAGUCAGAUCCCGCCACUAACAUCUAUGGCUACAAUAAUGGCUUUGUGGUCCACUUCUUUGAGGUGCCGAGGAACGACACCUGCUCUGAGCUGCCAGAGAUUACCAACGGCUGGAAGAGCACAUCCCACCCUGACCUCAUCCACGGCACCGUCAUCACUUACCAGUGCUACCCUGGAUAUGAGCUGGUAGGCUCCGAGAUCCUCAUGUGCCAGUGGGAUCUCACUUGGAGUUGCGAUGUGCCGAGAUGUGAGGAAGUCAUGACAUGUCAGGACCCUGGAAAUGUGGAGCACAGUCGUAAAGUGAUCGUAGGCAGCCGCUUCUCAGUUGGAUCGACAGUGCAGUUUAUCUGUAAUAAAGGCUACAUCUUAUCGGGCAGCAGCGUCCUCACCUGCUACAACCGAGAUUCAGCCAAACCAAAGUGGAACGAGAGGCUGCCCAAGUGUGUCCCUGAAAAGUACGAGCCAUGCAGAAACCCUGGUGCUGCCUCCACCAGUGUACAGAGCUCUGAAAAGGCCUUCUACCAAGCAGGAGAGAUUCUGACCUUCUCCUGCCACCCAGGCUACGAGCUACAGGGUGGGUCCACCAUCUACUGCAUCCCUGGACACCCGUCACAGUGGAACAGCACUCCCCCUGCUUGUCGAGCAUCCUCAACUCAAUAUGUGAACGAACGAAGGCUGGAUGUUGUUAAUAUGGAUUACAGCAUGGAGGGAACCAAUAUUGCCCUUGCUGUUUUUAUUCCAACUGCAAUCAUCUUAGUGGUUGUACUUGGGAUUUAUGUCUACUUUGCAAAACUCCAGGGGAAGUCUAUCAGAAUGCCAACGUCCUCGCCACCAUAUGAUAACAUGACAGAAGAGUCAGCUUUUGACAACCCUAUAUAUGAGAGCGGAGUAAGUACAGAUGUCAUGAGCAUGCAAGAUGUGGACUCACAGAACACCAGUGUGCUGUCCUGAUCCUUUCCCAUCUGGCCGUCCUCCUGUCGUCAUCUCAUGUUUCCCCAGCAGAGGGCACUCUCCACCUCAUCUUUCAUCACCAUAUCUACCAUCUGUAAGCAAAAAAAGAACAGUGCUCUUAACUAAAGAUGUUGCUACAAAGCAACAUCUGAUGUACUCUGAGAUCACAGCUCAUUUUUCAUCCUGGAUUUCCAUUCUUUAUCCACUUGGAGGAGAGAGAGUGUCAUGUUAGACUAGUACAUCAUUGACAUUGUGGUUUGUCAUG